CCGCCAAGUUUGGACUUUGACAUAUUUCAUAAACUAUUGCACAAAUAACACUAUCAACUAAGAAUAAUAUACCUUCUAUACCUUUUAUGAUGCUGAUUUUUGUAUUUUUAUCACUUUUUCUAUCGCGAUACUGAUUAUGAUUUUAGAGAUUUAUAAUUGACCUCGGAAGCACACAAAGCUUCUAUUUUGAUGUUGUUAGGCUGUGUAACAACAAGAAAAUGUCUGUGAUAACUCAUGUUCCUGAGCCUAAUCUAUGGGAUGAAAUAUGUAAAGAAUUCUCAUCCAAUCGGCCUCCCUGGAAGGAUGAUGAUGCCAUGUCAGUACACACUGAGCUCCAGGAUUAUGAUCCUGCUAUGCACAAUCCUGUCUUCUAUGGGAAGAUGCAUAAAAAGCAAUCAGUUGAUGAGAACCCAAUAAAAACAUUUGAUCCUUCAAAAAGUCAUCCUUCAUGUGUGGGCUAUGCCUUCAUGGACAAACCCCCUCCUGCCACUCCCCCACGUCCUCCAACACCACCUGACAAAGACACGUGCCCCCCAAGAGAGUAUCUGGAGCAUUACAUAUUCCCAUAUUUACUACCAGGCAUGGAACUUAUGCUUGCUGAAGCCAAAAGAGAAAAAUGCUUUGAGAGAAGAAGAACCAAAUUCAAUGCAUUAGAUUUCCUCACUGAACAUUUAUACAAAAAUAAUCCCAAAUGUAAAGCAGAAAGGAAGGAUGAGACUUUGCUUGAUAUACCAUUUGUUAAAGAAUGGCUAAAAGACCAUCCCAGAGCUCCUCUCCCCUUAUCCCUCCUAUGGACUGAUGAAGAGGCUGCAGUAGUAGUACAAGCUGGCUGGAGGGGAUAUCUCGUGCGCAAAGAUGAGAAAGUUCAAGAGCUUAGGCAAUGGCAGCGACAAUGGCGAGAUGAGAACACUAGUAUUCAAUCAAAGGUUGAUCAAUUCUGGGCUACUAAGAUGCCAAAUGGUGGACUUACACCUGCAGGGUCUAUAAUUGAGGAUAAAGACAUUGAACAACAGAAUGACAAGAAGUAGAUUUACAUAACAUUUUUAGUACUCAUGAAAGUACAUGCAUGCUGAGACUCAUUUAUUGUAAAUAUGAAAUAGAGAUGUAAAUAAAAUAUAGGCCAACCGCACUUACCGCAGACUAUGAUAGGUUAUGAAUAACACAAUAUUUUUGUGAUCUCAAAAUAGGAACUCACAUGUUUGUUUCGAUUUUAA